UCCUGCCUCAUCUCCAUCACAAUACCGCGCUCUGCCAGCGCCGUCACCGCCGCGAGCCCGGGGGAGGCGAGACGGGGGAGGGAGCAGGGAAGAGAACGAGGCUGCCGCUUGGACCGCAGCAGCAGCAGCAGCAGCGAGAAAGAGCGAGAACUUCUCGGCGAGGAGGAGGAGGAGGCAUAGCGAGCCAUGGUGGCCGGCGGGCUGCUCGUCGUGGCGUGCCUGGCCGCGGCCGCGCGCGCGUCCCUCGGAUGCACGAGCGGACAUUUCGGGUGCGGGAGAGGCCUCUGCGUGCCCUUGGCGUGGCGCUGCGACGGUCUGGGAGACUGCCCCGACCACUCGGACGAGGCCGGCUGCCCGCCGCCCACGUGUGGCCCCACGGAGUUUCUGUGCGCCUCGGCCCGGGAGUGCGUGCCGCUCUCCUGGGUGUGCGACGAGGAGGCGGACUGCGAGGACGGCUCCGACGAGCACGCGGGGUGCAGCGGCUCCCCAGCAGCACCUAGCGCGUGCGCUAGCGGGGAGUGGACGUGCGCGAGUGGGGAGUGUGUAGCCUCCGCACGCCGCUGUGACCACGAGCCGGACUGCACGGACGCCUCCGAUGAGAAGUUGUGCCGAUACCCCGUGUGCCCGGAGCUCGCCUGCGCGAGCGGCGCCUGCUUCAACCGGAGCCAGCGCUGCGACCGCGUGGCCGACUGCAGGGACGGCUCUGACGAGCACGGAUGUGGGUUCCGCUGCGGCACGCACGAGUUCGCCUGCGCCGACGGGCGGUGCCUCCCGGGGGCCUUCCGCUGCGACCACCGCCAGGACUGCGGCGACGGCAGCGACGAGGCCGACUGCGCGUACGGGACGUGUGGGCCGGAGCAGGUGGUGUGCCCGAGCGGGCGGUGCGUGCCGCGCUCCUGGCUCUGCGACGGCCAGGACGACUGCGGCGACUCCAGCGACGAGAGCGCCUGUGAAGGGCAGCAGCAGCAGCAGCAGGCGAGCUGCCCCCCCGGGGAGUGGGGCUGCCCCAGCUCGCAGGCGUGCAUCCCCGUGGAGCGUGUGUGCGACGGGACGCGCGACUGCCCCCCCGCGGGGAGCGGCGACGAGACCAACGUCACCGCGGGGCUGCUCUGCGGCUUCUCCGCGUGUGCGGCGCUCAGCUGCGAGUUCACGUGUCGAGCCUCUCCCGGCGGCGGGACCUGCGCCUGCCCCGGGCACCUCGUGGUGGCCAACGACAGCCGCUCCUGCGUGGACUUGGAUGAGUGCAGGGUGUGGGGCGCCUGCGAUCAGCUGUGCGAGACGCGGCCGCGCGGGCACCGCUGCGCGUGCGUGGACGGGUACGUGCUGGAGCGCGGCCACCACUGCCGUGUCAACGCCUCCUCCGGCCGCCCGCUGCUCAUCUUCUCCGACGGCCAGGGUCUUCUCGUGGGCGACCUGCACGGCCACGAGCUCCGCACGCUCCUUCCGUCGCCCGCCCGCGGCAGCCCCACGGGGGUAGACUUCCACGCGCGCCUCGGCACCGUCUAUUGGACGGACGCCGCGCUCAACAAGGUCUUCUCGGCGCGAGCGGACGGCUCGGGCCUGCAGGAGGUGGUGGGCUCGGCGCUGGAGACGCCGGAGAGCGUGGCGGUGGACUGGGUGAACCACAAGCUCUACGUGCUCGACUCGACGGCGCAUCGCAUCGACGUGACGGCGCUGGACGGCGCCGGGCGCCUCGUGCUGCUCGCCGACGACCUGGAGGGCGCCCGCGGCCUCGCGCUCGACCCAACGCUCGGGUUCAUGUUCUUCUCGUCGUGGGACGCGCCGAGCGACGCGCCGCGCCUCGAGCGAGCGCACAUGGACGGCUCGGCGCGCGCACCGCUCGUCGUGGGCCGGCUCGGCUGGCUCGCCGGCCUCUCCCUCGACCACGUGCUCAAGCGGCUCUACUGGAGCGAUAGCCGCUACGACCGCAUCGAGUGCGUCUCCUACAGCGGCCUCGACAGGCGGGUGGUGCUGAGCGGCAGCGCGGUGGUGCCGCACCCCUACGGGGUGUCGCUCUUCGAGGGCCGCGUCUACUUCACCGACUGGACGCGCAUGGCCGUGCUGCGCGCGUCGCAGUUCGGCAGCGCUGAGGCCGCCGUCGUCCACCGCUCGGGCUCCAAGCCCCACGCCGUGGCCGUGAGCCACGUGGCGCGCCAGCCGCUCGUGCCGAACCCGUGCGGGCGGCACGGCGGGGGGUGCGAGCACGUCUGCCUGCUCAGCCACCGCGCCGACACCGACGGCCUCGGCUUCCGCUGCCGCUGCCGCCUCGAGUUCGAGCUGCAGGCCGACGGACGCAGCUGCGCGCUGGUGCAGACGUUUCUGCUGGUGUCGGCGAUGGUGUCGGUGCGGGGGAUCCCGCUGGCGCCGUCGCGCCAGGAGGACGUGGUGCUGCCCGUCAAGGGGAAGCCCUCCUACUUCGUGGGGGUGGAGUUCGACGCGGCGCGCCGCUCCGUCUUCUUCUCCGACAGCAGCAAGGGCAGCAUCUCCCGGCAGAACCUGGACGGCACCGGCCGGCAGGUUCUGGUGGGGAUCCAGGUGGAGGGCGUGGAGGCGCUGGCGUACGACUGGCUCUCGGGGAACCUGUACUGGACGGACAGCCGGCGCCGGGACGUGUCGGUGGUGCGCGUCGCUGACCGCUCGCGCCGCGCGCUCGUGACCGGCCUGCAGUCGCCGCGCGCCGUCGCCGUGCACCCCCUGGCCGGAUACCUCUUCUGGAGUGAGUGGAACCGCCCGGCGAGGAUCGUGAGGGCCUGGUGCGACGGAUCCCACGUGGAGCCGAUAGUGAACACCACGCUGGGCUGGCCCAACGGCCUCGCCAUCGACUGGAGCUCCGACCGCCUCUACUGGGUGGACGCGUACUUCGACCGCAUCGAGCACAGCGACCUGCAGGGCGGCGCCCGCACGGCGCUGGGCCGCGUCUCGCGCAUGGUGCACCCGUUCAGCCUCGCCCUGCACGGCGACUUCAUCUACUUCACGGACUGGAGGCUGGGCAUGCUGCUGCGUGUGCGUAAGAGCGACGGGGGCGGCAGCACCGUGAUGCGGCGCGGCGUGGCCAGCAUCAUGCACGUCAAGGUGUACGACGCCGGCACGCAGGCAGGCAGCAGCGCGUGCAGCAGCGCCACGCACCCCAACGGCGACUGCACCCACUUCUGCUUCCCGGUGCCCGAGCGGCGGCGCGUGUGCGGGUGCCCGUACGGCGCCCGCCUGGGGGCCGACCGUCGCAGCUGCGCGCCCGCGCCAUCCGAAGAGCCGCCGCCCUCGCCGUGCCCGCCCCUCACCGUGCCGUGCGCCAGCGGCCGCUGCGUGGCACGGGCGUUCGUGUGCGACGGCGUCGACGACUGCCACGACGGCACGGACGAGGCCAACUGCACGCACGCCGAUGGGACGUGCUCUCCCCUGGCCACGCGCUGCGCCAGCGGGAGCUGCCUCCCCGCGGACUGGCGCUGCGACGGGCGGGACGACUGCGGGGACGGGAGCGAUGAGCUGGACUGCCCCUCGCCGCCGGGGACGGCCUCGUGCCCGGACGGGCACUUCGCGUGCCUCAACGGGCAGUGCGUGCCCGCCGCCUGGGUUUGCGACUCCGACAACGACUGCGGCGACGCCUCCGACGAGCGCAACUGCACCUACGCCGCGACGUGCGCCCCCGGCGCGCUCCGCUGCCCCGAGGGACACUGCAUCUCGCCGUGGCUCGUGUGCGACGGACAUCGCCACUGCUCCGACGGCUCCGACGAGAUCGGCUGCAGCUACAACUGCAGCUUCCCCCAGUUCGGCUGCGCGAGCGGGGACCAGUGCGUCAGGCUGCGCAAUCGGUGCGACGGCGUCGCCGACUGCCGCGACCACUCCGACGAGCGCGACUGCCCGACGCGUGAGCCGGGCCGGUGCCUCCGCGCCGAGUUCCAGUGCCGGGCGGACGGCUUCUGCCUCCCGGGCGAGUGGGAGUGCGACGGGCACGCCGACUGCGACGACGACUCGGACGAGCACGUCGGCUGCCCCCCGCCCCCCGCCUGCCCCUCGGCAUCCUCGGGCGGCGACCCCGCCGGCGACGGGGCCCCCGCGCGGGCCUCGUUCCGCUGCGACGACGGGCGGUGCGUGUCGGCCGCGUGGCGCUGCGACGGCGACCGCGACUGCCGCGACGGGAGCGACGAGCGCGGCUGCCCCGCGCCGGCGUUCGCCUGCCCCGCCGAGCGCCAGUGGGCCUGCCCCGGGCAGCGGGUGUGCGUGGCGCACGAGCGGCUGUGCGACGGCAAGAAGGACUGCCCCGACGGGGCCGACGAGUCCCCGCUGUGCAACCGCGACGACUGCGCCGUGAGCUCCGGCGGCUGCUCGGACGUCUGCGUGCAGGGCCCGUUCGGCGCGCAGUGCACCUGCGCGCCGGGCCUGCGCCUGCUCGACGACGGCAAGACGUGCGUGGACGAGGACGAGUGCGCGACGCCCGGCGCCUGCAGCCAGCGCUGCAUCAACCGGCGCAGGUCGUUCCGCUGCCACUGCGAGCCGGGCUACGUCCUGCAGCCCGACGGCCGCUCCUGCAAGGCCACGGGUCCCGGGCCGGCGCUGCUGCUGGUGUCCACGCGGCAUGCGGUGCUGGAGUUGGAGCUGGGCUCGGCGGCGCCGACGCUGCAGACGCUGGUGGACGGCGCGGCCGGCCUGGUCGGCCUGGACGUCCACUGGGCCUUGGGGCGUCUCUUCUGGGCCGACUCGGUCGCCGGGCAGCUGUGGAGCUCCUCGCUGUCGAGACACAACCGCACGCUGGUGCUGGGGGGCGGAGUGGUGGGCGUGGAGGGCGUGGCCGUGGACUGGGUGGCAGGUAACCUGUACUGGGCGGACAGCGUGCUGGAGUCGCUGCAGGUGGCGCGGCUCGACGGCACCCACCGAGCGACGCUGCUCAGCGACAACGUCACGAGCCCGCGGGGCCUCGUGCUCGACCCGCGGAACCAGUCCCGCCUCGUGUUCUGGUCGGACUGGGGCCGUCGGCCGAGCAUCGAGCGCGCCAGCAUGGACGGCCGCUUCCGCCGCGUGCUCGUGUCGCACAAGCUCUACUGGCCCAACGGGCUGGCGCUCGACUACGCCACGGACACACUCUACUUCGCCGACGCCUACCUCGACUCGCUCGACUCGUGCGACUUCAACGGCGAGCACCGCCGGCAGAUCCUCGCCGGGGACCACCUGUUGCAGCACCCGCAUGCUCUGGCGGUGUUCGAGGACUGGGUGUACUGGACGGAGCGGCACACGGGUCGCGUGGUGCGCGCUAACCGCUGGCACGGCACCAACACCAGCGUCGUCCUGGAGGGGCUGGAGCAGCCGCUGGCGGCCGUGGUAGUGCACCCAGUCCGGCAGCCCCCGGCAUGGAACCCGUGCGCCAGCAACCCGUGCAGCCACCUGUGCCUCCUCUCCUCCAUGCGGCCGUACUUCUUCUCGUGCGCCUGCCCCUCGGGGUGGUCCCUCGCCACGGACGCUCACGCCUGCGCCAAGGAUGAGCAGCCCUUCCUCAUGGUGGUGCGAGAGCGCGUGAUCUUCGGGGUGCCGCUCGACCCCUCCGUGAAGACCAAUGACGCCAUGGUGCCCAUCUCGGGCCUGCACGGCGCCCUGGACGUGGACUUUGAUGAGAGAGAAGGCUUCCUCUACUGGGCGGAGAGCGCGGGUUCGAUUCAGCGCGUGCGCACGGAUGGCACGGAGCGCGCCGAGUUCGCUCCGGCCGCAGCGCUGGGCGUUCCUGCCGCCCUCGCCCUGGACCGGAUCUCACGCAACCUGUACUUCACCAACACGCAGGGCCUCUCCAUAGAGGUGGUGCGGCUGGACGGGGGCCAGCGCUACCGGCGAACGCUCAUCACCAGCACCGGCGACGCCGCGGGCACCGGCCGCCCCGUCGGCAUCGCCGUGGACCCGGCGCGGGGCAUGCUCUACUGGGCAGACCAGGGCACGGACAGCGGGGCCGCCCCCAAGAUUGCAAGCGCGCACAUGGACGGCUCGCACGCCCGCACGCUCUUCUCCUCCGAGCUGAGCCGCGUGGAGCAGCUGGCGCUCGAUGUGGGGGCGCAGACGCUGUACUGGACCGUGGUGGGGCGCGGCGUGAUAGAGAGCGGCAGCGUGUCCGGCACGGGCCGCGUCGUGCGCGUGUCGGGGCUGUCGCGUCCGCGCGGCCUCGCCGUGCACGCCGGGCUCCUCUACUACGCCGACUCCGACUUCGAGGCGGUGGAGCGCGUGGACGGGAUCGCGGGACGCGGGUCGCAGGCCGUUGUCGUGAGAGCCAACCUGGCUGGGCUGCGUGGCCUGAGGGUUCACCACCGCGACGACUCGGCGGGCGGCACCAACGGCUGCAGCGGCGGCGGCGCCUCCCCGAACGGCGGCUGCGAGCAGCUGUGCCUGCCCGUGCCGGGCGGCGCGCGGGCGUGCGCGUGCACGCACGGCUUCCGGCUGGCGGCGGGCGGGCGCUCCUGCCUCGCACACGACUCCUUCGCGGUCGUGGCCCAGCGCUCGGGCAUCCGGGGCUUCGACCUCGACGGGACGACCCACGGGGAGGCCGUGGUGCCCGUCGGCGGAGCAGGGCGCGACGUGGUGGCGGUGGCGGUGGACGUGCGGAGAGGACGCGUCUACUGGGCGGACGGACCCGCCGGGGGCCACGGCGGCGUCCGGAGCAUCGAGAGGGACGGCUCGGCGCUGGAGGACGUCGUCGCCACGGGCGUCGGCGCCCAAGGGAUCCGCGGCAUCGCCCUGGACUGGCUGUCUGGCAACCUCUACUUCAGCAACGCGUUCCAUGCCGAGACGCUGCUGGAGGUGUUGCGCGUGGGCACGCCGUUCCGCGCCGUGCUGCUGCGCGCGCGCGGGCAGGAGCCGGCGGAGCUGGCCGUGGACCCCCGGGCACGCCGCCUCUACUGGCUGUCGGGCGGUCCCGGCGCGCGCCUCCUGGAGCGCUCGCUGCUGGACGGCGCCGAGCGGCGCUCGCUGCUCGCCGACGGGCUGGUGGCGCCGCGCGGCCUGGCGGUAGACGCCGCCAGCGGCCUCAUCUACUGGGCCGACCCGGGCGCCGACGAGAUCGGGCGCGUGGGGUCCGACGGGCAGGGCCGUGCCACCGUGCGGAGGGGUAGCCGCUACCCCGCGCCCUGGGCCGUCGCCGUCGUGGGGGACCGGCUGCUGUGGCUGGACCGCAACCUGCGCAAGGUGCUGCGGACGAGCAAAGAACCGUCGGAGGGAGACGUGCAGGCGGAGGUGAUCCGCGAUGAGCUGAGCGAGCUGAGCGGCCUCGCCGUGUUCCACGCGCUGGUGCAGCCCGACCACCCCAACCCCUGCCGCUCGCUCGAGCAAGGCAACAGCAGCAGCAGCGCCGGCAACAUCAGCGGCGUUGCCGGCACGUACGGACCCGACCCCGGGGUCUGCUCCCAGCUCUGCUUCGCGAUGCCGGGCGGCGCAUGGGAGCGGCGUUGCGCGUGCGCCAGCGGGCAGCUGGCGGCGGACGGCGUGACGUGCGCGACGUCGCUGGACGGGGAGCUGCUGCUGCUGGCGCUGGAGGAGGGCGGCGUGCACUCGCUCGGCCUGGACCCGGACCCGGACGGGCGGCGCCCGCCGCCGUUCGGCCCCGUGGCGGCCGGGCUGGCCACCGUGGGGCUGGACGCCGACGCCGCCGCCGGGAGGGUGUACUUCACGCACAGCCUCGGCCACGGCCACGUGGGGCUGGCGCGAUUCGACCUGUCCGGCGCGGACGGGACGGCCCCCGACAUCACCAACAUCACCUCCAUGGAGAGCUCGCGCGAGGACCUGGCGUUCGACUGGGUGAGCCGGCGCCUCUUCUACAGCGACUUCAAGGGGCAGCUCAUCGCCUCCAUGAGCCUGGAAGGCACCGAGCACACGGUGAUCGCCCGGGUGUCGCACCCCCUCGCCAUCGCGCUGCACCCGUGCCGCGGCUACGUGUACUGGACGACGUGGAGCCCUCACCCCGUCAUCGAGCGCGCAACCCUGGCCGGCAACUUCCGCACGAGCAUCGUCAACACCAGCCUCGCGUGGCCCAUCAGCCUCACCAUCGACCUGCCGGACGGCAUGCUCUACUGGGCCGACGCCUACCUGCAGAGGAUCGAGCGCGCCUCACUGUCUGGCUCGCACCGAGAGCUGGUGCUGGGCUCGCUGGCGUUCCCGUGCGCGCUGAGCGUCCACGGGCAGCACAUCUACUGGACGGACUGGGAGGAUCGCGCCGUGUUCCGCGCCAGCAAGCACGACGGCUCCGGCCGCCUCGCGCUACUGCGCGACCUGCCCCACCGGCCGUCGGCCCUCAAGGUGAUGGCGCGGUCGCGCCAGCCGGCGUGCGACAACCCCUGCCAGCGCUUCAACGGGGGCUGCAGCCACGUGUGCGCGCCAGGGCCCAGCGGGCCGGAGUGCCAGUGUCCCAUGGAGGGCAGCUGGGUCCUGGCGAACAAGGACCGAGACUGCGUGCCCAGCGAGGCGGCGCCGUGCCCGCACUUCUUGUGCGGGAGCGGGCGCUGCGUGGCGGAGAGGAGCACGUGCGACGGGCGUGAUGACUGCGGGGACGGCAGCGACGAGACGGAGAGGCUCUGUGCGCUGCGCACGUGCGCGGCCACCGACUUCGUGUGCGACAGCGGGCGCUGCCUGUCGUACGCGCACCGCUGCGACUUCCGCGACGACUGCGGUGACGGCAGCGACGAGCGGGGCUGCGCCCACUCGGCGUGCGACCCCACCGCCGAGAUCACGUGCGCCAACGGGCGCUGCGUCGCGCUCGAGUUCGUGUGCGAUGGCGCCGACGACUGCCGGGACAACGCGACCACAGACGAGCGCGACUGCCCCGUGACCAGCUGCCUGCCGGGCUACGUGCGGUGCCAGACGAGCAGCCGGUGCGUGCGGCGCGCGUACCUCUGCGACGGCGACGACGACUGCGAGGACCGCAGCGACGAGAACCCCGCGUUCUGCCUGGGGGUGUCGUGCCCCCCGGAGGAUUUCCGCUGCAAGGUGGGCCGCUGCGUGCCGCUGUCCUGGGUGUGCGACGGCACGGCCGACUGCGCCGACUCCUCGGACGAGCCGCACUCCUGCAGUGCGCUGGAGCGAACGUGCCACGCGGACCAGUUUGCGUGCGCCAGCGGGCGCUGCGUCCCGGCCGACUGGCGCUGCGACGGAGAUGACGACUGUGGAGACGGCAGUGACGAGGAGCAUGGCUGCGAGAGCCACACGUGCAGCCCCGAGGAGUUCUCGUGCGGCGACGGCGGCGCUGGCGGCGGUGGCGGCACGCGCUGCGUUCCGCUGGCGUGGCUGUGCGACGGUGACGCCGACUGCCCCAACGGGCGGGACGAGACUCAGAGCUGCCCCCCACGCUCCUGCUCCUCCCACCAGUUCCACUGCGACAGCGGCCUGUGCAUUCCCGAGCGAUACCGGUGCGACCGCCGGAACGACUGCGGCGACGGCUCGGACGAGUUCGGCUGCUCGUACCCCCCGUGCAGCGCCGGCGGCGAGUUCACGUGCGAGAACGGUCGCUGCGUGCCGCGCGGCUGGGCCUGCGACGGCGACGACGACUGCGGCGACGGCUCGGACGAGGAGGCGUUGCCGUGCGGGACGCCGGCGCCGGGCCCCGAUGCGCCGCCCCGGUGCCCCCCCGGCUACGCCCCUUGCAGCGCCGGGGCCGAGGGCGGCGCCGGCGCCGCCGCGCCCGGGUGCGUCGAGGAGCGGCGAGUGUGCGACGGCGUCGAGGACUGCGCCGGCGGAGGGGACGAGAGGGGGUGCGGCGUGAACGAGUGCGACGACGUGCUGGUGAGCCGCUGCGCCCAGGAGUGCGUGGAGCUGGUGCGGGGCUGGGCGUGCGCGUGCUCCCCGGGGUUCCGUCUCCUGCCAGACGGCCGCGCCUGCACCGACGUGGACGAGUGUCACGAGCAGCCGGGCACCUGCAGCCAGCGCUGCCAGAACACGCCCGGCUCCUUCCGCUGCAAGUGCGAGCCCGGCUACGCGCGCGGACCGGACGGGUACUCGUGCCGCCAGCUGAGCCGCGUGGAGCCGCUGCUGCUGCUCGCCAACCGCUACUACGUGCGCCAGCUGUCCAUGGAGGAGCGGCCGUCACUGGGGCCGCCGCUGCUAAGCGGCCUGGGCCGCGUGGUCGCCCUCGACUUCGACCGCGUGGAGCAGCGGAUCUACUGGAGCGACCUGGAGCGCGACGUGCUGGAGCGGGCUUUCCUCAACGGCACGGGGCGCCAGGCGGUGGUGUCGCACCUGCUGGGCGACGCCGAGGGGCUGGCGGUCGACUGGGUUGCCAGGAAGCUGUACUGGGUGGACGCGGAGAGCAACUGCAUCAGCGUGGCGGAGCUGGACGGGCGAUUCCGCACCAGGCUCAUCGCGGGCUGCGUGGACGCCACGCACUGCCUGGAGAGCCCCCGCGCACUCACCUUGCACCCCCGCUUUGGCCUUCUCUUCUGGACGGACUGGGGUCACCGGGCCUACGUGGGGCGUGCGGGAAUGGACGGGGCGCGGCCCCAGGCCCUCGUGAGUAGCAAGCUCGAGUGGCCCAACGCGCUCACCCUGGACUACACCACGGACCGGCUGUACUGGGCCGACGCUCACCUCGGCUGCAUCGAGUCCGUGGAUCUGGACGGCAGCAACCGGCGCGUGGUGCUGAGUGGCGCGCUGCCGCACGUGUUCGCGCUCAGCUUGUUCGAGGACUGGCUCUACUGGACGGACUGGAACACGCGCAGCGUGGAGCGCGCACACAAGCACACGGGCGCAGGGCGCGUGCGCCUCGCCAACACCACGCACCGGCCCUUCGACGUUCGCGUGCUCCACCCGUACCGCCAGCCGAGCGUGCCCAAUCCGUGUGGAAACAACAAUGGCGGCUGCUCCCACCUGUGCCUCCUGGCGGAGGGCGGGGGCAGCGCCGCGUGCCACUGCCCUGAAGACUUCGCGCUCGGUCACGGCGACUCCGCCCGGCGCUGCGAGCCCAACUGCUCCAGCACGCAGUACCGCUGCCUGGACAACGAGAAGUGCGUGCCCAUCUGGUGGAAGUGCGACGGGCAGAGGGACUGCCGGGACGGCUCGGACGAGCCGGGCACGUGCCCCCCGCGCUCCUGCCCCCUGGGCCAGUUCCAGUGCGGCGAGGGCAGCUGCACCGGCCCGGCGGCGCUGUGCGACGGGCAGCGGGACUGCCCCGACGGUUCGGACGAGCAAGCGUCCCUCUGCGACGGCCACCGCUGCGACGCCAGCCAGUGGCAGUGCGCCAAUGGGCGGUGCCUGCCGACCGCCUGGCGCUGCGACGGCGCGGACGACUGCGGGGACGGCUCGGACGAGGAGCCGGAGGCGUGCGCGCAGCGAGCCUGCCCCUCGCUCGCCCACUUCCGCUGCCGCAACGGCCGCUGCGUGCCGCGCGCCUGGGUGUGCGACGCCGUGGACGACUGCGGGGACAAGUCGGACGAGCCCUACGACACGUGCAUGGGACCCGACCACCGCUGCGACAAUGCCACGGAGUUCUCGUGCCACACGAACUACCGCUGCGUCCCGCGCUGGGCCACGUGCAACGGCAUCAACGACUGCCUGGACAACAGCGACGAGCAGGAGUGCGAGAAUUUCUCGUGCGACCCCGUCGGCGACUUCCGCUGCGACAACCACAUCUGCAUCCCGCUGCGGUGGCGCUGCGACGGCACCAACAACUGCGUGGACGGCUCCGACGAGCGCGACUGCGCUCCGCGCCCGUGCUCGGAGAGCGAGUUCCGCUGCGACAGCGCGCGCUGCGUCCCGGGGACCUGGACGUGCGACCACGACGACGACUGCGGCGACGGCUCGGACGAGAGGGGCUGCGAGCUACACACGUGCCGCCCGGGACACUUCCAGUGCGCGAGCGGCCACUGCGUGGCCGAGCGGCGGACGUGCGAUGGCCGCGCCGACUGCCGGGAUUACAGCGACGAGGCCAACUGUCCCCCGCGCUACCCGAACGGCACCUGGUGCCCGGCGCAGGUGUUCGAGUGCCGGAACCACGUGUGCGUGGCACGCGCCUGGCGCUGCGACGGCGACGACGACUGCGGCGACGGCAGCGACGAGGAGCUCAGCCUGUGCCUGGCCGUGACGUGCGAGCGCCCGGAGCGCUUCCGCUGCGCCAACAGCCGCUGCGUGUACGCGCACGAGCUCUGCAACGGCGUGGACGACUGCGGGGACGGCAGCGAUGAGGGCCCGCUGGCGUGUGCGGCGCCCACGUGGAGGCCGUGCGGCACCGGCGAGUACAAGUGCGCGAGCGGCCGGUGCCUCCCCUGGAGCGCCGCCUGCGACGACCAAGACGACUGCGGCGACAGCAGCGACGAGAUUGGCUGCCACCGCGGCGUGGGGCGGCACUGCGCGGAGAGGAUCUGCGCUCAGCUCUGCACCAACUUGACCGGCGGGGGCUUCAUCUGCUCUUGCCGGCCCGGCUACACCACCAGCGCCAGCAACAAGAACGACUGCGAGGAUGUGGACGAGUGCAACGCGUUCGGGAGCUGCGCCCAGCUCUGCAGGAACUCCAAGGGCUCGUUCGAGUGCUCCUGCACGGACGGGUACCGGUUGGUGGGGCACGGCACGCAGGCGCGCUGCGCCGCCCACGGCGAGGCCCCGCUGCUCCUCCUGCCGGACGGCGCCGGGAUCCGAUCGUACAACCUCUCGUCGGGGACCUUCCGCGACCUGGUGUCGCGGCGAGACGGCGUGCAGGCGCUGGACUACGACUGGGACCUCAACGGCACCGGCGCCAGCAUGCUGUACUGGACGGAGCUCGGCGCCGGCAACGGGGCCCCGGGCUCCAUCAAGCGCGCGUUCGUACCCGCGGGGGCCACGGGCGGCGCGCUGAGCCCCGCCGUGGCGACGGAGCUGGAGACCGGCGCCAUCGUCCAGCCCGGAGGCAUCGCCGUCGACUGGGUUGGCAGGCUCCUGUACUGGACGGACGAGGGCGCCGGACGCGUGGAGGUGGCGCUGCUGGACGGGCGAUACCGCACUCAGAUCGUCUCCACGAACCUACAGCAGCCAUCGGCCAUCGCCCUCAACCCUGUGCUUGGGCUCAUAUUCUGGGCCGACCGCGGGGAGCGGCCACGCCUGGAGUCGGCGUGGAUGGACGGGCGCCAGCGGCGCGUGCUGGUGUCCGACGCGCUGGGCUGGCCCACGGGGCUCGCCGUGGACGUGCAUGCCGGCGGGCGGCUCUACUGGAGCGACGCCAAGGAGGACGCCGUCUUCUCCGUGCGCCACGACGGAUCCGACCGCCGCACCGUCGCCUCCAGGGGGCUGGGCGGCCCCAUGAGCCUGGACGUGUUCGAGGGCGAGCUGUACUGGACGACUCGCGAGAGCAGCCAGGUGUGGAGGCAGAGCAAGUUUGGCCGCGGCGUUCACACCAGGGUCCUCACCGCCUCCCCGUGGCUCACGCAGGCGCGCGUUUACCAGCAGCACCGCUACCCGGCCCACGUGAAGAAUCCGUGCGCCAACAGCAGUUGCAGCCACCUGUGCCUCCUGCGCCCCCAGGGCCACAGCUGCGCGUGCCCCCAGGGCUCCCACUUCCUCCCCGGGAGCUCGACCCAGUGCGAUGCAGCCGAGGUGCCGCCGGUGAUCCUGGAGCUGCCGUGCCGCUGCGUGAACGGCGGGACGUGCGACGCCCGUUCCGAAGUCGCCGCCUGCACAUGCCCCGGAGGCUACGUCGGCCGCUACUGCGAGAUGGCCAAGGUCCAAGGCGCGCCGUCCAGCGCGACGCUGGCGGCCGCGCUGGCCGUGGUCAUCACCGCGCUGCUCGCCGCGCUGCUGCUGGGCGUCUGCGUGAACCGCCGCCGCAACGGCCUCUCCUUCCCCUGCCUCGCCUUCCGGCCGCGACUGCCUCAGCUGCCCAAGUUGGGACGGUUCCUGAGGUUUAAGGACGAGGACGGCGGAGCGCUGUUCCGGCGCGGGGCGGACGUGCGAGUGGAGCUGGGACCGGCGGCGCUGCACGGGGACGCCGCCAUCGACGCUGCCAUGCAGGCCAACGAAAACUUCAUGUCGACGGACAAGCCGGGCAUUGUGUUCGAGAACCCACUGUACGGAUCCCAUCGCCCCCCGCAGUCGUCCCCCGCCGACCCACCCGGCGCCGCCCGCACCUUCGACAACCCGCUCUACGACGAGGCGGCCGAGCCCAACAGAGCGACGGCGCCACCGGCCGAGGAGCCCGUGAUGACCCCUGGCAUCGCCCCCGCGGCAAAGGUGACGCGCAAAUGGAAGAGAACCGGAAAGAGGGAAAAAGGCACAACCCAUUUUGAAAAUCCAGUUUACAGCCAGCAGGGAACGGACCCUCAAAAGGUGGAUCAGGCAGCCGUGGAGAAUCCCCUGCCCCUCCCGUUCAACUGAGCCGUGCGGCGCUCGCUGCACCAGUCGGCGGACACAGCUGGAAGUGACCAUCAGCUCCGGAUGAUGAGGACACCGCUUGCAGCAGUCGUCACAUCAACCAAUGGGCAAAAAGCAAUUUGUGGGAACAAUGCACAGCGGUUCUAGCCGAUGGUACAUUACAAUUGUAUUUAAGUGUGGUGGCCAAUGGGGAUCGAUUAACACUGCAAUGUGAAUUGUAUUUAAUGCUAUGGGAAACAAUAAGAGCUUCUACUGUUGAUUUUGUGUAGAACGGGAAACGUUGCAAGGCGCCAAGAUAAUGAACAGAGCGCAGCAUUCUCGUACUGAUCAUAAAACAAACUAUGACUUUAUCCUUGCACUGAACUCUUCCCAGAUGAAUGUAUUUACUUUUAUCACCUUUUAAUAUUUGUACAUUUUCAUGCUGAAUUGCAGCCAAAUGUGUAGAUUUCUUAAGACGUUUCCUGAAAUAAACGUGGCCUUGUGUCGUCUCCAGUGAUGUAAAAUUUAAAACAUG